UUUUUAAACUGAUUUUUAAAUAAUUUUAAAAUAUUUUGAUUUUAAGUAAUAAAAAUGAAUAAAAUAUUUACAAGACUAAUUUCUAGAUCUUUAAGUAAAACGUUAAAAUCCGAGAAACUUGCAAGUACUUACAAAGCAGCAGUCAUUACAGAAAUAGGUAAACCUUUAGAAAUCCAAGAGAAAAAAGUAUUAAAAUUAAAACCAAGUGAAGUUAGGGUACAAGUUAUUUAUUGCAGUGUGAAUUCUGUGGACGUUUAUAAGUUUAAAAACGAUGGGGGACAAUUACCUUUUAUACCAGGAUAUGAAUUAUCCGGAGAAGUAUUAGAAAAGGGUUCAGAAAUCAAAGAUGAGGUUCUUAGAAUUGGAGAGAGAGUUGUUGGUCUGAAUCUUGUUAAAUUUGGUGGUUUUGCAGAAGAGUGUAUUUUGGAUAUAAAUGACGUUUGGAGGAUACCAGGUGAUGUGGAGAGGAAAGAUGCCGCUGUUAUAGCCUACGGUCAUUCCACAGCCUUGUAUGCAUUUUCAAAAUUGACUAGCAUAAAAGAAAAAGAAAAGGUUAUCAUAUCUGCAGGUCCUGCAGGAAUGGGAUUGGCAGCAGUGGAUAUUGCAGCAAAUGUAUAUAAAGCACAGGUUGUAGGACUGGUAGAUACAGAAGAAAGGGGAGAAUUGGUUAGAGAGAGGGGAGCUUUUGAAACUCUUCAUUUUUCUGAUAAAUUAGUCAAACAAUGUAUGAAAAUUACAGACAAUAAAGGUGCCAGUAUUGUUUAUGAUGCGACAGGAACAGAAAUGAUGGAACCUAUUGGAAAGUGUGUUAAAGUAGGAGGGAAACUUUUCCAUGCAGCUCCAUAUUUCUACAAAACAAUUCCAUCUCCCGUACCACAUUCGUUUGCCACUAUUCUUAGUCUUAAGGAAUUAAGUAAUCAAAAUCCUAGCUUGUAUAGAUCGAUAGUAAGUGAUACAUUGGAAUUGGCUAACCAAGGACUAAUUAAUGCUCACAUAAGCGCUAAAUUUAGUUUGGAAGAGGUUAAUGAUGCUAUUACAUUUAUUGAUGAAAAGAAAUGUACUGGAAAAGUUCUUAUCCAUAUUGAUGAAUAAGGUUAAAAAUAUUGUUUUUUAUUAAGUAUUAUUUAUUUAUUCGCAAUAAAUAUUUAUAUUUA